GGGCACGGCGGGAAGGAGGCGGCUCUGGCCCCGGCGGAGGCUGGCGGUGAAUCCUCCCGGCCGCUCACAGCAGUGUAGAGCCGCUUCCCCCCCCACCGCCCUACCCCCCCGUCCCGCCCCCCGUCCUCCUCCUCCUCCACCACCCCACAUACACCCCCCCACCCCCCCCCCCCUCCCUCCGGCCCGCGAAUUUAAAGGGGCAGCGGCGUCCGCCCGGGGGACCAUGCCGAACUUCUGUGCGGCUCCCAACUGCACCUGCAAGAGCACCCAGUCCGAUCUGGCCUUCUUCCGUUUCCCCCGGGACCCGGUCAGAUGUCAAAGAUGGGUAGAGAACUGUCGAAGGGCAGACUUGGAAGGUAAAACUCCAGAUCAGCUCAACAAGCAUUACAGACUGUGUGCUAAACACUUUGAGACUUCUAUGAUAUGUAGAAGUAGCCCUUACAGGACGGUUUUACGGGAUGAUGCUGUGCCAACUAUAUUUGACCUUACGAGUCACCUGAACAACCCCCGCAGCAGGCACAGGAAAAGGAUAAAAGAGCUGAGUGAAGAUGAAAUAAGAAUGCUGAAGCAACAAAAGAUUGGUGAAGGUUUUGGAUGUGAACAGGCAACUCAAGGGCUGAAUGCAAGCAAUGAACAAAACACUGUCUUGGAGGAGGGACAAGAGGAAAAAGCUGCUCCCUUAACGCUGGAAGAAAGAGAGAAAAAAGAUUACCUUAAAUCCUUGUUUGAAAUUUUGAUCCUGAUGGGUAAACAAAAUAUUCCCUUGGAUGGCCAUAAUGUGGAUGAGCUUCCGGAGGGUAUUUUUACUUCGGAUAACUUCCAGGCUCUGCUGGAAUACAGAAUAAAUGCUGGAGACGAAGUUCUGAGGAAACGAUUUGAGAUGACUGCAGUCAAUCUGGAGUAUUGUUCGAAAACUCAGCAGAAGCAGAUGCUGGAGAUCUGUGAAAGCUGUGUUAGGGAAGAGACACUGAGAGAAGUAAGAGACUCGCACUUCUUUUCUCUUGUCACCGACGAAGCAGUAGACAUAGCUGGAGAGGAGCAUUUGCCGGUGUUGGUGAGGUUUGUUGAUGAUUCUCAUAACCUAAGGGAAGAGUUCGUAGGGUUUUUACCCUAUGAGGCUGACCCUGAAAUCUUAGCUGUUAAGUUCCACACAACUAUUACUGAAGAAUGGGGUCUAAACAUGGAAUACUGUCGAGGUCAAGCCUACAUUGUCUCUAGUGGGUUUGCUUCUAAAAUGAAAGUCGUGGCCACAAGACUGCUGGAGAAGUACCCACAAGCUGUGUAUACGCUGUGCUCCUCGUGUGCCUUAAAUGUCUGGCUGGCAAAAUCCGUUCCUGUGGUUGGCGUUUCCAUUGCACUGGGAACGAUGGAAGAAGUUUGCUGUCUCUUUCAGCAGGCUCCUCAGCUGUUGGCAGAACUGGACACCACCAUUUCUGCUCUUUUUCAGGACAACGAGGAGAAGGGGAACGAGCUGAAGCAGAUCUGCCGUUCUCAGUGGACAGGGAGGCACGAUACGUUCGAGGUUUUAGUGGACCUCGUGCAAGCGCUGGUUCUGUGCUUGGAUGCAGUAAGCAGUGACUCCUCUGUCAGGUGGAGCAGCUUCAUUGUGGGUCGAGCCUUUGUACUUUCGAGUGCAUUAACAGACUUUGACUUCAUUGUCACUAUUGUCAUUCUGAAGAAUGUCCUGUCUUUCACAAGAGCAUUUGGAAAAAACCUCCAGGGGCAAACAAUCGAUGUCUUCUUUGCAGCUAGCAGCUUGACAGCAGUGUUGCAUUCUCUGAAUGAAGUGAUGGAGAACAUUGACGUUUACCAUGAGUUUUGGUUCGAGGAAGCAACAAAUUUGGCCACAAAACUGGAUGUAAGAAUUAAGCUCCCGGGAAAAUUCCGCAGGGCGCAGCAAAGGAGCUUGGACUCCGAUUUAACGUCGGAAAACUACUACAAGGAAAUCCUUAGUGUCCCCACAGUGGAGCAUAUUAUUCAAGAAUUGAAAGAUAUAUUCUCAGAACAACAUUUAAAAGCUCUCAAGUGCUUAUCAUUGGUGCCCUCAGUCAUGGGGCAGCUCAAGUUCAGUACGUCUGAGGAACAUCAUGCUGACGUGUACAAAAAUGACCUGCCCAAUCCAGAUACGCUUUCAGCUGAGCUUCACUGUUGGAGAAUCAAAUGGAAACAUCGAGGGAAGGACAUUGAACUUCCAGCUUCUAUUUACGAAGUACUUCACUUGCCUGAUAUCAAGUUUUUCCCUAAUGUUUAUGCCCUGCUUAAGGUCUUGUGCAUACUGCCAGUGAUGAAGGUGGAGAAUGAAAAGUAUGAAAUGGGGCGGAAGCGCUUAAAGGCUUACCUCAGAAGCACCUCUGCUCUGUCAAGGUCAAGCAACCUGGCUUUGCUGAACAUAAACUUUGACAUAAAACAUGACUUGGAUUUAAUGGUGGACACCUACAUUAAACUCUACCCAGAUAAAGUGGAAUUUCAAGACUUUAUUCCCUCAAACAACUCAGAAGUAACAGAAAAUGCUUAAGUUUUUGUUGAGCUCUACCCAAGCUGUUGGAACAGCUUUUUCUUAGCUAAGUUUCAGCACUGAGGAGAAUGGGGGGGGGGGGAACCCUGAAAUCUCAAAAGUCACUGCAGUUGUAUUGCCAUUUCAGGUCUUGGACAGAAGCAGGUACUUUCAGUGACCCAAAUUGGUUUGGUUAGUCUGCAUUAAAUGUGUCAUGCAAACAAAACUAAGCCCGUACAGAAGCCCACCCUCUCGGUGCUUCCUGCGUGCAAUCAGCCUAGCGAGGUGCUCCCUGACUUUACUGCAUCUUGGAAAAGCAGCGUUGGGUUUGUACGUCUGAUGGGUCAGGAUAAGGGAAACAGACCUCAGAAUGCUUCACAAGAGGACAAUCCAUUUCAGUUCUGCGUCCCUUGGGAUCUUCCUUCUCGUUGAAAGACAGAAGUCUCUGGCUGUCUCAUUGAAUUGGCAUUUGGAGAGUGGGCUCAGCUCUUGCACGUUCCCUGUGCUCGGUGUAAAGUGGACCUUAGUGGUAUUGAGGUACGUCUGCAGUUUGGUUGGAAGAGUCAACCUCUUUUAAUCUCUCGGUGGCUGUUUACAUUCCUUUGUGUGAGACACAAAACUUUUGUGUUGGGUUUUGUUUGUUUUUUUUUUCCCUUCAGGCUUUUUAAGAGGCAUGGCAGGAGUACUGAAACUCCUAAAAAUGCAAAGAACCUUAACCUUUGUUGCACAAACGUUUCGGUCUCUUUGUUCUACCCUGACUCUGACCCAAACCCACGCAUCUUAUUGUCUGUUUAUUUGUGAGCUCCCCCAGGAAGGAAUAAAACAAGACUGAAAAUGUUGUUGUUACUUUUGGCAAGAAGGAAACUUCUUUUUUUUUUUUUUUUUUGUACAGUUUAUUGCAAUUGAAAAUAAAAUGUGAAUUGCUUUU